AAUACUUUUUUUUUCUCUAUCUCACACCAGCCCUAAUCCUCUCUCUUCCUGAAACGAAUUGAAAUUUCCUCUCAAACUCUCCUCUCAGACCCGCUCUCCCCUCACCGCGACUCUCUCUUCCGCCGCCGAGCCCUCUCUUCCGCCGCCGAGCGUGUCCGUGAGAUUGGUUACUCCAAUUUUCAGAUAGUGAUGUCGCUGGAGAACGAAUCCUCAAGCAACUCCACAGUCACGAAACCCAAUCGAAAAUUGUCAUGCGCAACUUGCUUCGAUGCUAUGUGGUUCUGCUACUCUCCAGUUCAUCAAAUGCAACAGUAUUACAGGCUUGGAGUUCUUGAUAAUUGUUCUGAUAAAUGGAGAGCCAUGGUUGACUGUUUAAUGUUGAAGACCAAACCCAAUUCUCAAGUCCAGGAAGUUCUGGAAACUCGUGAGAAAUCAAAGUCACAUAUCUGGACUUUUCGGACACCAGAAGAAGCUUCAUACAAAUGGAAAGAACUUUAUGGUCAUUUAGACGAGCCUGAAUGGUGAAAAUCAAAUUGUGAAAUAUAUAGUUUGAUUUUGCCGGUGAUACAUGUGCUGAGACUUGUAGAGACCAAAGAAAGAAAGUUGAUAUCAAAUUGAAGAUGCCAGAGGAUGUGAUUUUCAAUCUUAGUUUUGUGCACCCUGCACAUUGAAUUUUGUAUUCAGAAUACUCGGCAUAUUGAGUUUCUAAUAAUCUUUUGAAGUUGCAAUAUGACUUAGUUUUAAUGGUUUUUUUUUUAACUCCGAAUGAAAUUUUAGUCA